AUGAGCGAAGAGCCAUCGUUGCAUGAGAUUCGCAUGGCAAAUGCUGUCAGGGUCGGACCAGGAAAUUAUAGGCUGGCAGUUCCUAGUAAAUAUUCGUUAGCCUCCGAUAUCGCUUACUUCAAGGCGGGCGCCUUCAAUGAAACAUGUCCAACACGGAAAAGGCGGCCGAAUCUGCUGGUGGAAUCUCAAAUCGACGUCGACAGUUACGAAGAGGUUGCAGAGACUGGAGAAUAUGAUUAUGCUUCUGGAGAUGUGUUGCCGCCAUCCUUGGUGUCAGAAAGUCGCGAUGUUGUUUCUGGGGCGGCGUAUCGUGAACUUAAAGGAGAGAACAAUUACCUUAAAGAACAGCUCCAUGCUAGCGUCUUGAGGAUAAAACAACUGGAGGCGUUACUUGUGCUUCGCAACGGGCACGUGAAAAAUUUGGUGUCCGACAAUCUCCAGUUAUUGCUAAAAUGUCAGAAAUUGAUGGGAGCUUUAGGAGAAGAAGAAGCUAAAGAAGUUUUGUAA